AUGGCGACAGUUCUUGCUAACUACAAAAUUCCACAGCUGACCUUUGGAACAUUUUCUCCAGUACAUGGUGAGAAAAAUGUGUUUCCAUCAUUGUACCAGAUGGUCCCAAAUGAAAUCUAUCAAUACACUGGGGUUAUUCGAUUACUUCAGCAUUUUGGAUGGAUAUGGAUUGGUAUCUUGGUUGUGGAUGAUGACUAUGGGGACAUGUUUUUGCAGAAAAUUGAACCGUUGCUUUCCCAAAACAGCAUUUGUUAUGCUUUCAUUCUUAGAACACCACCAAAGGCAUAUAUAGAUGAAUAUAUACACUUGAUGUCAGUGGAAUUAAGAUAUGAUCAACUCUUUAUGGAGGAUAAAGUCAAAGUGUGUUUAAUCUAUGCCCUAACUCCAGCCAUGCAAAAUCUAAGAAUGAUCAUCCUUGUAGCAUCUUGGACUUCACUGCAACCUUUGGGUAAAGUGUGGAUUAUUACAUCCCAUUGGAAUUUUGAAUCACUGUCCAUUCAGAGACUUUGGGACAUACAGAGUUUCCAUGGUGCUCUAUCAUUCACGGUUCGUUCAAAAGAGCCACCUGGAUUCCAAGAAUUUCUUCAGACUAUAAGGCCAUCUUGGGUAAAAGAAGACAAUUUCAUUCAGAAUUUUUGGGAACAGGCAUUUGACUGUCCAUUACACAAUUCCAGUAUAAAUGAAGAUAACAAGAUAUUAUGCACUGGGGAUGAGAAGUUAGAGAGUCUGCCGAGCAUUUUAUUUGAAAUGAACAUGACUGGACACAGUUACAACAUUUAUAAUGCAGUCCAUGUUAUGGCACAUUCUUUGCAUGCCUUACUCAAGUCCAGAUCAAGGUGUAGAAAUGCAAUAGUAACAGAAGAAGUAGUAGUUCAGGAUUUAAAACCAUGGCAGGUAUUUUAUUUUAUUUCUAAUACAUAAAAAUUGUUUGUUUAAUUGCACCAUUAUGUAGUGGGAAUGAUGUUAACAUAAAGUUAACAUAAACAAAUGAAUUCUGUUGAAUAAAAAUUUUUCUCUUGAAAAAAAUAAAAGCUUUUACAUUAGUAGUUGUAUUACAGGAAUAUUUCUUCCCUAUUUGUAAACAUUAUAACUACUAAUUUAAAAGAUUACUUUUGAUGCAGAAGGAAGUGUUCUUCUAUUCUACAGAAUUCAUUGGGUCCACAGUCUUUAUCCAAAGAUGGCCAUUGUUGUUUGUCCUAAGAACUGUAGUUUAACAUGUUACUUUGUUUUGAAUUCUAAGAGCACAGAGAACAUGGCAGACUAUGAAGUGAUGUUGUAGAAGUGGAAAAGAAUAAUAUAUUAAGCAUUUUUGUGUUAUUUUGGAAGUUCAGAACACAGAAAAGGUAAAACCAUGCCUUCUAAAGUUCGGGCUGAGUUAUAAAUUGUAGAUGAUCCAUGUGUCAGUUUGUUAUGGAAUUUGAAAAGCACUAUUUGAGUAUCAGUUCUGAUGUGUAUUUAGAUUCUAUGUAGCCAAAAGCUGCAGAUUUUCUAAUUUGUGAAUUAAUUUCCCUCAUAUUCCUGAAAAUUCUUGGAGACAAUUAUUUGUCAAAAUCCCACUAUGAUUUGUACAUUAUAAAUCUCUGCCUUUAAGAUAACAACUAUGUUGUUAUCGUUCAGUAUUUUGAAAAAAGGGAUGGCUAACAUGUUAAUAAGCUGAAAGAGGGAGGCUGUGAUUAUAAAAUAAUAAUAAUAAUAAUAAUAAUAAUAAUAAUAAUAAUACCAAUAGUAAUAGGCUCUUUGGGUGCAAUCCCAAAACAACUGGAGCACCACUUGAACACCAUUGGCAUUGACAAAUUCGCUAUGAAACAACAAUAGUAGAUAUAAUAAUAGGUGAUAAUAAUUAUGGUUAACUAUCUUAGGCAAUAUUAACUAAUCACUCCAUAACGUCCUUGCUAGUAUGUGUUCAAAAUUACAUAUUACAUUCAAUUAAUAAUAAUAAUAAUAAUAAUAAUAAUAAUAAUAAUAAUAGUACUACUACUACUAGUAGUAGUGAACUUGGAAGGGACC